AUGCCUAAUAAAAUUAAUAAAACUUUAAAAUUAUUAUCUAUUGUAGAAUUAUCACAUUUAGAAAAACAUUUACAAGAAUUAGUAAAUAUAUCUUUCGAAUACUCUUCAAUUUUUCCAUUUAAUUACAAUUUAAAUAGCUUUAAAUUUACACCUUUGUAUAAUAUACAUAUAAGUACAAAAAAUAUACAUAAUUUUAAUUAUUUAUUAAAUUUAUACAUUGAAAAAGAUAAUUUUAUGUCUAUGUUGUUUUGUUUUACAAAAUUAAAAGCAAAACUUACAUUAAAUCAAUUAUUACAAAUUUUAACUAUUAAAGGAACUUCUUCUAUAACAGAAAAUUGUACUUAUUUAUUAAGUAACCUAUACUACGGACUAAAUUUAAAAGAUUUUAUUUAUUCUUCUUUUUCUGCUAGAAAUAGUAUAAUAGACAGCAGCCUUAAUACAGCAGAAUCUGGAUAUUUAACUAGAAGAUUAAUAGAAAGUUUAAGAAAUGUUUAUAUUAAAAAUCUUUAUUGUAAAACUUUAUACAAAUGUAUAAACUAUAAAAAAAACAAUAAACAAAUAAAUAUUCCUUUUUUAUGCUUAAAUAAUAAAUCUGUUUGUUUAAAAUGUUCCGAUUUAGAUUAUAAAGAUAUAAGUCUUUCUGGGUACUGUAAAGGUACUAUAAGUGCCCAAGCGUUAGGAGAGCCUAGUACUCAGAUGCUAUUAAGAACUUUUCACUUAGGAGAUAAGCCAGCUUUAAAUAGCCUCGCUACAGAAGUUAUGUAUGAUACAAGUUAUGUAGAAGCCGUAUUUGAACCUUUAAAAUUAGAUUAUUUUGCUAUAAUUAAUGUAAAUUAUAAUAAUUUAUCGGUUUCUAAUUUGUUAUUUAAUACUUAUUACUUACAUAAAAAUAAUAUUUUUAAUAUAGCUAGUACAAUGUGUUUUUCAUUUGCGUUUAUAAAUUGUAUAAAAAUUUUAAAUAAUGUUUGGUGCAUGAUAGAUUGUUAUAACAAAACUUUUAAUAAAAAUAUAACACCUGCAAAAUAUGUUAAAAAUCUUUUUAAAAUUAAAAAAUAUUUUUUAAUAUAA